GAUUCGCACAUCACUACUCUGCAGCGUCAAACAGCUUCUGCUGCUUCUCAACGACGACGGAACAGGACAGGACCAGUCCACAGACCGCAUCACAUCCACGCCGUGACCCGAGCAGAGUCAGAACCUCAGAAGAACCAAAGAAGUGAGCUUCCUGUUGGCCAUUUAAUUCAACACCUCCCCUCCUCUUUCUACCACGCCGUCUUAAAACUGUGGGCGAUUGAAGGUCCAUCUGCGGCGCAGUGUUGUUGAAGGAUUGAGAGGACUGAAACGCCGACUCUGUAAUUUGGUGGUGAUGGAGACACAGUAACGAAAUAAAGCGCUGGUUUCCACGAGCUCUUUGUGGUUUCGGAGUGGGGAGAAAGACGUUGGUCAAGACCGGGAAGAAGAGAUGACCAUCCUGAGCUGAGUUUCCUCCUGUCAAACCGCAACAGACCAUCAUACUCUGACUUGUCUGGGAUAAUAUAUGAGAUGGUGGGACGUACCCUCUCUUUCCUAGAACGUCUUGGUGAAUAGUGGAGCACACAAAGGUGAAAGGAUCUCGGCUCCACUGGUAAAUAAAACCCUUUUCCUCCUGCACAGCGUGGGAGAAAGUGCUGCAGCAAGGUUCGAUGUGGCGUCUUGGUGGGAUGAUAACUGGAGUCAAUGCAGUGUUGAGUGAUCACCUUUCAAUCUGAGUCACCGACACUUCACAGACUGAGACUGUGGAGCUAGAUGUCCAGCCUGUCGGACCAUCAGCUGGGUGCUGGGGGACUAUUUUGUGGACACCAACAUCAAGGAUUGCUGUAAAGCACCUUUAAUGAGUCCAUAGAGUUGCAUGUGACAGAAAAGACAUGUUUUUCUUUGGAUGACCUUCGCGGAGAGAUUAAGACACCUUUCAUUUUAGUUAUAGCCCAAUUGGGCAAAAGCAGGGAGAGCUGCAGUAGAUUUCUCUGCUCUACUUUAUGAGUUUUCAUCUCUGGACAGAGUGCGUCUCUGACUGGAGUCAGCAUGGCCAAGACUCUGCUGAAGAUACAGCGCUAUUUUCGCAGGAAACCUGUGAGAUUUUUUUCCCUCAUCCUUCUCUACCUGACUGCUGGGAGUCUGGUCUUCCUGCACUCUGGGUUCAUCAAUGACAGCGGCCCCGGAGGCAGAGGGAGCCAGGAAGCUGUGGCAGCAUCGGAGAAGGGAAACAGUCGGACCUCGGCGUCACACGCUCGGGGGCUUGGCAUUGUGAGCAGAGUGUUUAAAGAAACACACAGGUCUGGACGCAGGUACGGACCCCCCUGGAUGAAAAGAAAAAGCCAGGAGGGUCAGGAGGCGGAGACCAGAGGAGGAGACUACACCAGCAACUGGAACCGUGCACUAAAAGGACGCAAUGCCAAAGAAGCAGAAGAUGGAAGAGCAAAGUACUUCGGCUGCUAUGUCGACGACACACUGAAAAGAGCACUCAGAGGCGUUUCCUUUUUUGACUACAAAAAAAUGACGGUAUUCCGUUGCCAGGACAACUGUGCAGAAAGAGGUUACAUGUUCGCUGGCCUGGAGUUUGGAGCCGAGUGCUACUGCAGCCACAAGAUCCAGGCACCUAACGCGUCAGAAAGUGAAUGCAACAUGGAGUGUAAAGGAGAGAAGAGCAACAUAUGUGGAGGAGCCAACAGACUGUCUAUCUACAGACUGGAGCUGAGCCAGGAGUCGGCACGACGCUACGGCAGUGCAAUUUUCAAGGGUUGUUUUCAUCGUCCGGACAAUGUCACACUGGCACUCCCCUUCAGCGCAGUCAUCCUGAACAUGUCUGUGGACAAGUGCGUGGACAUAUGCACAGAGAGGGAGAAAUCGCUGGCUGUUCUGGCUGGAGAUUGGUGUCACUGCGGUUUUCCCACACCUUUCUUCUCCCUCCAUGAGUUGGAGGACGAGGACAUGUGUCUGCACCGCUGUCAGGGGGAGGAGUUUGAGAGCUGUGGUAACGAUGAGUACUUUGUAGUCUAUCAGACACAAGUCCAAGAUAACCGCUGCAUGGACCGCCACUUCCUCCAGAAUCGUGCUAAGCAGCUGGUGGCUCUCGCCAGUUUCCCAGGAGCUGGUAACACCUGGGCUCGCCAUCUCAUUGAGCUCGCCACCGGCUUCUACACCGGCAGCUAUUACUUUGAUGGCUAUCUUUACAAUAAAGGAUUUAAAGGGGAGCGUGAUCACUGGAGGAGUGGGAGGACCAUCUGCAUCAAGACACAUGAGAGCGGCAGGAAGGAGAUCGAAUCCUUCGACUCUAGUAUCCUCAUGAUCCGGAACCCCUACAAAGCCCUGAUGGCAGAGUUUAACAGAAAAUAUGGAGGUCACAUUGGGUUUGCCUCGCAGGCUCACUGGAAAGGAAAAGAAUGGCCUGAGUUUGUGAAGAACUACGCCCCAUGGUGGGCCUCCCACACACUGGACUGGUUGAACUAUGGGAAGAGUGUCCACGUGGUCCACUUUGAGAACCUAAAGAGAGACCUGUUCUCCCAGCUGAAGGGCAUGAUCCAAGUUCUGGGUCUGAAGGUAUCAGAGGAACGUCUGCUCUGUGUGGAGGGCCAGAAAGAUGGAAACUUUAAAAGAUCAGGGCUGAGGAAACUCGAGUAUGACCCCUACACGAGCGAAAUGAGAGCAGACAUCAAUGAACUGAUCAGAACAGUAGACGCUGUCUUGAAGAAGAGAAACAUGUCUGGAGUUCCUGAGGACUACAUGCCGAGAUGAUAUCUGUGAUUCCCUCAUUUACUCAUUGUUUUGUAGACUCACAUGAUUUCAGUGGUUGUUUUAAGUAGUUCCCUCUAAGGUCAUUGUAGUUGAAGUUAAAGUGUCUGUACUCUCCUACUGUCAUUUUUUUAUCCCUCCUUUUUUGUGGUUUUGGCAGCAUCUUUAUUUAUCAUGAGGAAAAAAAUAAGUUUGUUUUUGUUUGUUUAUCUUUUCUAUGUAUAAAAGAACAGAAGCACUUUUUAUCCUGCUCUAUGCAUGUGCACACGCCUUAACAUGAAGGAGGCAGAAGUGACUGCUGGAUGUUGUUGCUUGAUGCCACUUAUAGGAAUUACAUGACCCAAAACUUUUAUACCCAGUCAGCAUGUCCAUGUGGGCCCAUGGGUGAGUUAAUAAUAGGUUAACAGUUAGUUAGUGAAAAGACGUCCUCGAGUGGAAUAGUACAAUGUGUGUUAUCCAGCUGUGGUUAAUAGCUGCAGUAUAUACCACACUUGGGUGUGUUGUACAUAGCAGUUGUUUUAUUAUUAUUAUUAGGACAUUUUCUAUUUAAAUUAAUGUCAAAAUCUGAGAUUCAUUCAUGCAAUAACAGGAAUUAGACAUUUAAAAAAAUUACAGACCAGUCUAAAACAUCAGACUGAAAUGUAGAUACAUUUGUCACACUUCAUAAUCUCAGUUUAAAUAAACACCAUGCAACACUGAACACUUGCUUUUACAGCAGGAAGACUGGUUCACUGGUUUGACUCCCGGUCGAUAUUUCUGAGAGGAUUUUCUCCCAGUGUGUAUGUGGGUUUUUCCUUACUUUCACUUACUGUGACAAAGCAUCCACAGUAGGGUUUUAACGGCCAACUGUCCAGGGUACUGUGCCACGCCCCACCCAUUGACAGCCUGUAUCCCACCCUUGUUUCUGCCUUUGGGCUGAUCCUGCCCCUCCUCUCAACAUUUCUUUAUUUCUUCCUUUUUGCCAGCAACUAUCAGACUUUGAGUUGCAAGGAUGCCACCUACUGGUUCAACUGGUUACACUUUCCAUUCAGAAAUGUCCCAGUCACAGCAGCAUGGCUAGAGGUGAACACACAUACUGAUUUAUAGGAAAUUCGUUCAAACCUGGAUACAAGCUAACUAGGAAAAAUCGCAUAUUAACCAAGGAGGAUAAUUGUUGUAGUGUUUACUAUCCAGUGAUGCUAUUUGUUUUAUUUAUUUUUGUGUUAGCAUUCCCAAAUGUAGAUACGGUUUACUUGAGGAUGUCGUUUGAAUUAUUACAAAUUCGGCAUCUUAGGUGAAAUUCAUUUUACAAUAUAUUUCAUCUUUUGCAGCUCUAAUAGACUCAAAAUGAAACCUUUGGGUAACACUGUAUAAGUCCUUCUAACCUAUAGCUGCCAGAUAAACACCUGUUUGAAAGGAGUCCCGUGUUCCAGUCUGCUCUGCACCUAAAGGGGUUCCACAUGGAAAUGCUGGCCUGGAGGUAAAAUGCAAUAAUCCAGCUUUACCUGAUGAUGUGAGUGUGUGUUAAAUUAUUCAGCUGACUAUAUGUUACACAUAGAGAAUAUUCUACUGAUAAGGAGGUCAAUAAACUCAAAUAAAGAUGAAUAAUCCCUCUUGCAGGCACUCACUGAGUGAGAGAGAGGAGAAUCUCUGAUCUCUGCAGCAUUCACUUAUCUCUGCUGUGCAGCACUCGCUUUGACUUUGUUUUUCCUGACACUGGACUUGACACAAAUCCAAAAAGCACACGCUACUGUGCAACACUUGGCCCAAAGAUCACGGAGGAUUUAGAGAUUAUAAUCACGGACUCAAGGCUGUCUUCAGCCUUAGACUCCAUUACACAUGCACUGUAGUUUCAGUUAAUCAUCCCGAAUGUGAAAAGCUGUUUUAUUGCUUUGUAAUGAGAGGAGCUACGAGACAAAUAAUGCUGGUUGAUAACUAACGUGAAGGAUUGUGUUCCCUUUCCAGAGCCAAGCUUGUCGUUUGGAGGUACAGAGUGUGCUCUAUACCAUAUGGGCAGAACCUCAUAAAUGUGUACCUGAAGGAAACGCUGUAUAAACAAAGCGCUGGUGAGUGAGAGAAAUGGAGACAUUAUCAAAUGACUUUCAUUUUCAAUAAUGAAAAUAAUGAAAAUUGAAAUAAAUCUAUUUUUAUAAUGUUUGCUGACACAUUACAAAUAUUUGUAUGGCGACAAAUAAAUCGGGAGGUUACCCUAUUUUUAACACACGCUUUAAACCUUAUUGGCUCUCACUUUCAUUGACAGAAGGGCACUUUCUGAGCAUAGGUGUCACACUUGAAUGUAUUUUCUAUGGAAUGAAUGUAAGUUGAUCAACCCUAAUAAAUGAGUAUGUACAUA